AUCACAUUCUAUAACAUGAAUUUUUAUUGCAUAUUUUUGGGGUAUUAAACCAAUGAAAACUAGUUUCUCAUAUUGCUCAGUUGUUGUUUCAAAAUGGCAGACGGUCUACAGAAACGGCUACAAAAUGAGCUUGAUAAAUUUCAAAGUGUACAGAAAGAUGUGGCCAAGCACAUUGGUUUGCGACAACAACUGGAAGGUCAAUUGAGUGAAAAUAGCCUUGUUAAAGAGGAGCUAGACAGGCUAGAAGAUGGUGCUGGUGUCUUCAAAAUGGUGGGUCCUGCAUUGAUCAAACAAGAUUUGUCUGAAGCCAAGCAAAAUGUCCAGAAACGUAUAGAUUAUAUUAAUGGCGAGCUCAAGCGCCAUGAUAAUCUUAUAAAAGAAUUGGAAAAGAAAGCAGAGUCACAUCGUGAUUCUCUCAACAAGCUACAGCACCAGUUCCAACAGGCACAGGUCAAGGCUGCUGCCAAAUCCUAGUCUCUGCACUAACUUUCAACUUUGUGUGUCUGACUGGCUAUUAUGUUUGCUGGUUUCAUCUUUUACAUUUAAGAAUAACAUUAAGUUUUUGAUGAUUUUAUUUUCGUUUAUUUGGUAUUAUCAUUAACAUUGUUUUAAAAAGAGAAAAAAAACAACAAUUUUGUUCUAACUAAAAUGAGUCUAGUGUGUGAAGAAAUAUGUGUUAUCUUUGUGUGAAGUAGACUUUUAAUGUAUGCAUAAAACAGCUAUUUGAAUUGGCAUGCUUGAGUGUGAAUCAUUUUUUCUUAUCACUGCAUUACAGUUUCUGGAUAUAUGAUGUCUACAUAUUGUGAAGUUUUGUUUGCGGUGUACAUCCUGUCUUGCUCUUCCUUUGUUUGAAAGAGUUUUUUUUUACUUAAAUAGUGCUCUUGUACAGUGAAUACCUGCUUGGUUCAUUUCUCAUCUGUAUUUUUCAACACAUGUAAGAUACUCUUUGGAGAAAUAAAGACCUGAAUGUUUCAAACCUU